AUGAAGGGCGGAGGCUUCGAGAAGGAUGAGUGGCUGGUGAGGCUGCAGCUCUUCCUCGACGUGCGGCUGCGGACCGUGCCGUUUCACGUGGCGUCCCGCAGCCGCCCCGGCGUCGCUGUCCCCCUGCCGAUUCCCAACACGCAGUACCUCAUCGACGGUGUCAUGUGGAGCGUGCGCGACCACGCGGCGUGGACGCCGGACGCCUGGCUGACGAUUCAAAACCACCUGCACAGCUGCUCGCAGCGCCACACCCAGCUGGUGGAGCGGCUGUCGCAGGCGCACGCGCCUGCAAAUCUGCAGGAUGGCGCGGAGGUGGAGCGUGAGCGGCUCUACUCCAGCCACGCGUGUGUGCAGGACCUCUACGUCGCCUUCUGCGUGGUAGACGCCUUCCUGCGCCACGCCGCGGAGGAGUCGCGGACGACGGCGCGAGAGGCAGUCGAGAAGGAGCUGCCGCGGCUUGUGGCAGACCAUGCGCCCAUCUGGCUGCCCGCGCGCAGCCAAUACACGCACGAUGCCGUUGAGGACUACCGGUUGCUUUUUCUCGACUUGCUGCGCUCGUGGGCGGUGACGAAGCUGCUGCGUCCCGACACGCACCGUCGCAUUGAAGAGUAUGUGCGGUACAAACUGAAAACGCUACGUGACAGCGCCGCCGCCCACGAGGGCAAAGAUGGCGUUGAGCACCGCCCGUCAGGGGCCAUCAGCGCCGGGCUGCGCGUGCUGCUCGCUGGAACAGGGCCGUCGCACUCCUCGGCGCCUGCGCUGUCGGCGUCGUCCACGUCGGCCCCCGCCACCAUUGAUGUCGUGCGCAGGAACAUGCGAGAGUUUGUCGUUGCCAUCUUUCCCUCUCACCGUUCCGACGCCGGGAAGAAGCGCUGCGCCCACUGCGGUGCCGUGUUCAAGACGCUCGCCGCGAAGAGUGCGCACUACCGCUACCACUUCUACAACCGCAGUUACCUGACGGGGGAGAAGAUUGUGCGCCUGCCGUACCCCACGCUUCAGGACUACGUCGCCCACGAGGUGGGCCCUCGCGUCACCGGCGACUUUGUCCGGGUCACGGAGGAUCUCUUGGACGUCCUCCGCGUGCCGGACAAGCGGGUGGUGCACGUGCGGAAAGAGAAGCAUGCAAAAAAGCCCUCGUGA